UACUAUACAUCUAGAAAAUUCCAUAGACUUCACACCACAUUUUCAAUUUUUUUAAUUCACAAAUUGAUUGACCGGCGUUCCAAGUGUCUAUACGAUCCUUUUGUAGGGAAUUGUUGAACAUUUACGAUUUUCAAGGCAUUUUUCGAAUUAAAAAUAAUUGAGAAACAUGACUGUGGAUCAGGGCGUAGAUAUUUCAAAAGCAGGCGAUCGCGGUGUUCUGAAACGAAUCAUCAAGGAGGGUGAAGGCACCGACACUCCCAACCCUGGGUGCCAGGUUACAGUACAUUACACAGGCACAUUACUAGACGGUACUAAGUUUGACUCCAGCAAGGAUAGGAACGAGCCGUUCGAAUUCCAACUGGGCAAAGGUAGUGUAAUCAAAGCAUGGGACAUUGGUGUGGCAACUAUGAAGAAAGGGGAGGUGUGUGUACUCACAUGCGCUCCGGAAUAUGCGUACGGUGCUGCCGGCAGCCCACCUAAGAUCCCACCAAAUUCCACACUGCAGUUUGAGAUUGAAAUGAUUGACUGGAAAGUAGAAGACUUGAGCCCUGGUAAAAACAAGGGAAUCCUAAGGCAUAUUUUGGAACAGGGCAGUGGUUUCGAGAAUCCAAAUGAUGGCGCUCUUGUUACCGUUGAGUUGGAGGGUAGAUUGGCAGCAGACGGGAAAGUGUUUGAUAAUAGAACAAUCACAUUCUCUCUUGGCGAGGGCAUCGACAGCAAUAUAUGUGAAGGAAUCGAGAGAGCACUAGAGAAAUUCCUUAAAGACGAAAAGUCCAGGCUAACCAUCCAACCGAAGUAUGCAUUCAAGUCUGAAGGCAACUCUGAACUAGGCGUGCCCCCUAACUCUGUUGUGGAAUACACGGUCAAAUUAGUCAACUUUGAGAAGGCAAAAGAAAGUUGGUCCAUGGACGGUCAAGAGAAACUGGAACAGGCGAAGAUCUUCAAAGAAAAAGGCACUAACUACUUCAAAGCGAGCAAAUUUCAAUUAGCAAUUAAAAUGUACAAGAGAGUAGUGUCUUUAGUAGAUGAUCUACCAGAAGACGCCAGUGAAACAGAAGAAAAUAAAACACAAGCCAAGGAUCUCCUGCUGUCUGCCCAUCUGAAUCUCGCUCUAGUGUAUCUAAAGGUGACACCUGCCCAUCACUUCGAGGCAAAGGAUCAUGCGACGAAGGCACUCAAGUUCGACCCUAAGAAUGUGAAGGGUCUCUUUAGGAGAGGCCAAGCGUUAUUAGGCUUAGGUGAAGCGGAGGCUGCAUUGAAGGAUUUCCAAACUGUUGUCGAUGCUGAACCACAGAAUAAGGCGGCCGCCAACCAAGUGAUAGUGAGCCGCGCCACCAUACAGAAGCAGAAGCAGAAAGAGAAGCAGCUGUACGCGAACAUGUUCGAUAAGUUCGCCAAGAAGGACACGGAGGUAACAGUUGGAGAAGCAGAGAGCUAAAGAAGAGAUGGAUGUAAUAGGCGAGAAGGUGGGAGAGUGGGGCGCGGGGGAAGGCGAGUGGACCGACCAACAGAGAGACCGGAAACCGACAGAGUUCGAAAAGGAAAAUCCCAACAUCCUCAUGUUAGACAAGGACGGACAAUUCGAGAACAUGUGAAGCGUGUGCCGCAGUCUCGCUCCACGUUGGUCACAAGCGUCUUGUCAGUGGCUGGAUAGAGAAUUAUUUGUCCAAACAUUCCUAUCUGAACAGAAUUUGUGCCUGAUAAAGCGGCUUAGUGUGUUAUGAUUACUUAAUUUAUAUUCAUGUAACUUGUAGUACAAAGUCUAUAUUAGGGUUGAACCUGCCUUGUAAAACUAUUAAUACAAUUUAUUCCUUACCAAUGCUGUGUAUCUUUGAAAUCCUUGUGUAAAUGUACUGAGAGAUUUAAAAUACGACCUGAUUGACGCGGUCAGAAUAGUUUAAGUAUAUAAUUUACAGUGUUCAGUCUAGGAAGUGUGUGUUGACUCCAGCCCCAGUAUUCAACAUAGUCUAUUGCAUGUCUUCCAUCUCGCUUACACACCAAUUAGAGGAAAAAUAUGACUCGAAUUUAUUUUUAUAAGUAUCUUGCGAGUCGCAUGCUUUGAUUAAAGAUUAUUUUAUUGAUUAAUGCCUGAGCAAGUUGCGUUCAACCCUUAUAUAUAAAUACAUAGGCACAGGACACGGUCGAUAAAAUUCUCAAUGUGAUCAGUCGUGUAUGAGUAACUACAGGCAUGUUACUGUUUCAACUAAAUGCCUACCCACCUACAUGUGCCUUGUAUAAAAGAAUACUGUUCACUCUCCUAUGAAUGAAUCGCCGUGUACUGUGCUCCAUACUGUGCAGUAUUUUAGUAACUUACACAUUCACUUAACAAUUUUAUCAAACUCGCUGUAAAAUGAUUCGCUUUAACCCUUAAAAGCCUGAUUUUUUAAAUCUAAUUAAAAAAUAUAUAAGUGUACCCUUUACUGUGUUUACUAAUGGGGAAAAAUAGUAAAAAAAUCAAAACGAUAUUUUUAUAUAUUUAUUUUGAAAGAAAAAUUGGUUAUAUGUAAACAGCCAAAUAUUAAAAUAAAAUCGAUUGUAGGCGCCCAAUGCGAUAUAUAACCCCGGUAUCAAAUUUGAAACUUCAGGUAUUUAAGGGUUAGGACUAAUGCUUAACAUUUUAUUUACAAUUUUAUUUUUAUUUUUGUAAAAAUACCAAUUAAUCUUCAAUGUGUUUUUAAAAAUUGAAUAUCAACUGCCAAAUGGCUUUCCUCAACGCCCCGCCCUGUCGAAUAAUUUUAGGGUUGUGUAUUAUGUAUGUUACAUAAUAUUGUUUACAUUAUGUAAGGUUUUACAUUUGAUUUGUGAAUCUAAUAAUGUUACUGGCUGUGCAACAUUAUGAAGUAAUUUCUGUAAGCAAUAAGACACAAUUUAAAAAACUAACUGUGAAAUUACUUAAUUUGUACUCUUUGCUUCUAGCAAUAGGAUUGAAAUUGAUCAAAUGCAGACAAACGUCUGCAAAUUGUGAAACGAUUCUGUAUGUUUUUGUUUGUUUAAAAUUGAAAACUGUUUUUUUUUUUUUGUCAAAAAUAAGUUUUCAUUUGUAAUGUCAAAUUUUAGUAAGUUUCUUAGGUAAGUUAACGUUUUAUCUAUGGUUGUUUUAUUGUUUAUGGUCUGGUUAUAUCUCAUAGUCUUGUUAGUACAAUAAAGCACAGCCAUAAUUUUUUUUUUUGUAUAAGUAUUGCUAAUUUUAUAAUUUCGUACACUUAUAAAGUCUUAAUAUGGAUGAAAUUAAAUAAACUGUUACGAACGGA